AUGGCCGACGAAAGCUCACGACCUCUUGCGGAUGCUGGUAGUGCUACCGCCGCUGCCACGGUGGAGUCUGCGGCUUCGGACCCGCAAGAAAUGGUCAGGUCCAUGGGCCUGGUCCUACUGGAGAGCAGCAACCAGCCUCGGUUCAUGGGCACGAGCAGCGGCGUCACCUUUGCCAAGAUGGUGCUCGCCGCCAUCAAGGACGACGUCCUCAGCGUCAAUGACGACACCCAAGGGCGGCCGAGGCGGCACUCCAAGACGCCGAUUCCCUCCAUGGCACACAUUGCAUCCUCACUCCCUCCACGCCAUGCAGCAGAACACAUCGUCGAUGCCUACUUCACCUAUCGGACGCCGCACGUGCCCGUGCUUGACCGCUCUCGGGUCCAGGAGGCGAUGCAUCGCGUAUACCAAAGUGCAGAUCCCUUGGGCAACACUCCGUCCGGCGUAUCAGAGCGGGACCUGUUCAUUGUGAACCUAGUCUUUGCGGUUGGGCUCCACGGCAUGCCUGUCGCUGGCGGCGGCAGGCCGUCUCAGAGCGAGGCCUGCUUUCACUCUGCGCUGCAAUGCGUCGAGUCACUAUUGGCGUACUCGCCCAGCAACAUUGAAACUCUGACUGUCGUGUUGCUGUUGGCCCAGUACAUCGCACUGAACCCUGGACAAGGCAGCCUUUGGCAGUUGAGCGGAAUUGCCCUCCGUCUGGCCAUCGACCUGGGACUGCAUUGGGAGACAAGCCACAUCCUGGCCAUGCCGCAAAAUCUGUUGAACCAGAGACGAGUACUAUACUGGGCGACUUACCGUUUAGAUCGUUUUCUGACCAUUACGCUUGGAAGGCCAUUCGGCAUUGCCGAACUCAGUAUGAACCCCGGGCUCCCGGAUCCGUACAUUUCGGCGGCGGCGGAUACGGCGGCUAUGGAGCCGACAAGUGCAGAGGUAUAUCAUCAGCGCUGUGCGAACCACAUUGUGAAACUCUACAAGCUCGAGUCGGAGAUCAAGCAUGUCCUGUAUCACCAACUGCAGGGCUCGUCUCUAGCGUAUCCGCGCGCGAACUACGCUCUGUGGGUUCGGGAUAUUCAAACCCGCUUGCGCGAGUGGCAGGACGAUAUCCCAACGAGCAAAGAGGACGGCCAAGAGAGCAUCUACAGUGUCAAGAGCUGGUGGGCAGCGCACCACUGCAUCGCACUGCUGCUCCUGCACCGGCCGAACCCGAGGGUGCCGCUGCCGACGACCGUGUCCCUGCAGACCUGCUUCGACGUCGCCCGCCGCUCCAUCCAGGCGAUCAAGACGCUGCAGAGGGAAGGCAGGAUCGGGGUCGUCUGGGCCUGGGUGCACCACCUGUUCCUCUCGGGCCUGACCAUGAUCUACUGCAUCUGGGAAUCGGCCGAAGUGCGCGCGGCGGCGCCCAUCGUCGAGGUCAUGGCCGCCAGCCAGGACUGCGCGAGCACCCUGACGGCCCUGGCAGAGCACUUUGCGGACGCGAGCGGGUGCAGGGACGCGUUUGAGAGGCUGUCGUCGACCACACUGAAGUGGCUGCUGAGCCGAGACGGAAACGCCGGGGCCGAGGCGCAGCCGCUGCCGUCGCCGCCGACGCUGAACAGUGACAUGGACGCGCUGAGAGAGCUUGUGCCCUUCUCGUCAUCGGGAUGGCAGCCCGAGGGGUGGACGAGUCUUUUUGCGGACGAGCCGUACGAGUUUGCGCAGUUCUUGAGCACGGCGGCGCAGUGGGAGGGCGACAUAUUUGGGUCCUUUAGCUUUUGUCAAGCCCACGAAGCAUUCAACCCAGAGCCGACGCGGACACACGCGUGUACACGCGCAAACCCUCGCCCGGGAGAGCAUUUGCAGCAACAAGACCGCCAAUCGAUCACAGCUCUCGCCGCACUUGCCAUGGCCAACCAGCCUCCUCCCCCAAACCAGGAAUGGUUCAAUGGUCCUGCCAGGGCUUUCAUGCAGACCAUGCCCCAGCAACCCGGGCCCCCAGGACCCCCAGCGCCGCAACUCGGACCCCCGGGGCCGCAUCCCAAUGGCCACCUCCACCAUCCUGGCCACCCUCCUCCUCCUCUUGCGCCUCUUCCGCCUCCAAUCCAGAUUCUCGGCCAGGCAGCGCCCCCAGAGAUGUACGGCCUCGUCCAUCACGAGUCAGUCGGCCCCGAGGCGCGCCGCCUGUGGGACAUGUUCCUGGCUGGCCGCUACGACUCCAUCGAUGAGUACCUGCUCGCCCUCAACCGCUACGGCCGUGCCGCCGGCUACGCCUUUGUCAAGCGCCGGUCGACACGGUACCGCGACGGCCAGGCCACCAGGUACGUCCUCGCAUGCGACAAGGCCAACAAGCGGCCUUCGCAGGCCACGAUCCGCAACCGCACCACCGACAAGACCAACUGCCCCUUCACCGUCCAGGCCGUCUAUCUGGGCCACAAGUGGAGGGUUGAGGAGAUCCCGGGCGCAACGCACAACCACCCUCCCGCGGAGGAUCCGUACAAGCUUCGAUUCCACAAGAGGCGCACCCGCCUGCAGAAAAACGGAGUCAUCGAGGCGUCCCCGGAGCCGGAGGUCCAAGAGAUCCCUCCGCCGCCACAACCCCCGGUCGAGGGCAUCAGGAUCGUGCUAGAGAUACGUCCGACACCCGAUCGAUACCUCCAGGUCGACGCGUUCAUGGACGAGAUACCGUCGAAGCAGGCGCAGAUCAUCGGGAAGUCCAUCAGGCUCCCGAUACCGGCCGACGAGAUGGGCAACAUCGACAUAUCCAUCCUCCGGCGAAGCAGGCUCAUCAACACGCCCAUGGAGCACCUACAGCCUGCCCCGAUACAGCAAGCGCAGCCCCUCCAGCAGCCUUCUCACCAGGCGCCAGAGGCACAGGCGACGCCACAACAAGCUCCGCAGCCUCCACAGCCUGCGCAGCCUCCACAACCGGCACAGGCUUCGGAGCCCAUCGAGAUCGAGGAGUCGUCUGAUUCCGAUGAGGAGGGGGAGGAGGGGGAGGAGGAGGAAGAAGAGGCGUCCCCAAGCUGA